CGUGGGCCCGCUCGAUUGUUGUUUACAACAGCGCGGUCGCGCCUUUACACUGUGUACCUGCGCACCGAAACCGAUCAGCCAAACGGCCGAUGUUAGAACGAAAACGCACCGUGCGCUCGAAACGACCAACACGGGAAAGGAACGCAGCAGGCGUUGUUUGACGAGUUGUUGCGACGCCCGAGAGACGAUCAUCCAUUACGACAACGCGCCCGAGAGCAGCUGCCGCGCACCACCACCGAGAGAGUAACGUUUAGCUAGACGGAAGAGCGUCCGCGAAUCCGGCCGGGGGUAUGGAGAACUAUCAGAAACUCGAAAAGAUUGGCGAGGGCACGUACGGGGUCGUUUACAAGGCGCGCAACAAGCUCACCGGCGAGCUGGUGGCGCUGAAGAAGAUUCGCCUCGAAACGGAAGACGAGGGCAUCCCGUCGACCGCGAUCCGAGAAAUCUCGCUGCUGAAGGAACUGUCCCACCCGAAUGUGGUGCAACUGCAGGAUGUGGUGAUGGAGGAGAGCAAACUGCACCUGGUGUUUGAGUUCCUGUCGAUGGACCUGAAGAAGUACAUGGACAGCAGGCCGGCGGAGAAGCUGCUGGAUCCGGAGCUGGUCAAGAGCUACAUGUACCAGAUCACGGCGGCGAUGCUGUUCUGCCACAAGCGGCGCGUCCUGCACCGUGACCUGAAGCCGCAGAAUCUGCUCAUCAACCAGGACGGCGUCAUCAAGGUGGCCGAUUUCGGGCUGGGCCGCUCGUACGGCAUCCCGGUGCGCCACUACACGCACGAGAUCGUGACGCUGUGGUACCGGGCGCCGGAGGUGCUGCUCGGGUCGCACCGCUACUCGUGCCCGGUCGACAUAUGGUCGAUUGGGUGCAUCUUCGCCGAGAUGGCCACCCGGAAGCCGCUGUUCCAGGGCGACUCGGAGAUCGAUCAGCUGUUCCGCAUGUUCCGCAUUCUGCGCACGCCGACGGAGGACAUCUGGCCGGGGGUGACCUCGCUGCCGGACUACAAGCCGACGUUCCCGUGCUGGACGCAGAACAACCUGGCCAACCAGGUGUCCAACCUCGACUCGGCCGGCAUCGAUCUGCUCCAGAAGUGCCUCGUGUACGAUCCGAUGCUGCGCAUCUCGGCGAAGAAGAUCCUCGAGCACAAGUACUUCGAUGGGUUCGAGCGUUCGAUCAUUCCGACUGAAUAGUGGCCACCGUGCGCCGCCCUCUCUACCUCUAGCAUAUUUAUGUAAUUUCUCUCUAUAUAAUCUCCCCCCGAAGCAAGGGGCCAUCAAAGGUCCCAAUAUCUCAAUAUCGUUGUAAAAAUUUGCCCAAAAAAACGGUUUCGUUGUAAGGCCGAUUCUUGUCUCUCGUUUGGCGUGCACCUUCCUACCUUUCCGCCGUUUGCUCCGUCUGCCGGCCGUGUUCGUCGCGGGUGUUUGGGUCGGGAACUCGCUUCUUCCUGUUGCUUGAGUGUGUAAAUAUUCGUUCCGGCAAAGAGCAGAGAAUCUCUACUCGGGACGGGCGCGGCCCAAUUUCGGCUCGGCAUCCAGCACCUCACUCGAUCACUCGAUGGCUCCGUUCGGCCAGGAUGUAUCAAUGUAAGGAUGUAGCUAAGUUCUAAACGGAAAAGAAAACACGAAAUAGCAGCGGACACCAGCUUCGACUGUAGAAUGUUUUUUUUUUAAUAA